ACCGCCAGUAAAAACAAUGGCAUUUAAAAAGGUCCCAGAUCUCUCUCUUAACGGAAAGUAAUGAAAGAGUAAACUAUGGAGACCUUCCUAAUGUUAUUAAACGAGUUGUUUCUCAUCAAGCUUCUUCUUAUGUUUCUCUCCAGCGGACAAGUGUUGGGAGCCUCAUUCUACGGGGAUGGAUAUGUCCAGCUGAGGACUGUGGAGUUAUCCAGCCGAACGUCGCUCCAUGUGCGCUUCCGCACCUCAAGUCACAGUGGACUACUUUUCAUGGCUGCCGGGGAGACAGACUUCCUCCUGCUAGAGCUGCACUCUGGUCGCCUGCAGGUUCAGUUGGAUUUGGGAUCAGGUGAGCGUACCCUCCGCUCUGAGAAGGGGGUUCAUCUGAACGACUUGGCCUGGCACUCUGUGGAGCUCCAACACGACCAGCACAACGUCACUCUGACGGUGGACCGCCACUCUCACACCAGCGUCAGGAUCCCCGGGCCAGACCUGGACCUCAGUGUCCACGAUGGGUUGUUCGUUGGUGGGACGGUUGGCCUGGACAAACCCUACCUCCAUAGUGACGAUGCCACAGGUUGGGUUAGAAGAAAAAUAUUAGAUUUAAGUUAUAAUCAAUGACUAUAAAGUAUUCUUCUCUUC